AUGUGGGUGACAUGGGCGAACCAGACGGGUAAUAUGGACUUCUGUCUGAGCCUGCAAUCGGCUACUGAGCCUUUUAAAACAUGUCUGGUAGGACUACCAGGAUUCGACCCGGAAGACUUUAAGGGUUAUGUGGACAAUUAUGAUUGUAAUGGGAUCCAAAAUGCUUCAGAUUGUGCUGCAUUACUGAUAAGAGGGCUGAAUGUAAUCUUGCCCUGGGACCCACAAGAACUAGAGUUAUUAGGGAGUCAAAAGAUAGGGAAUCUGUCCACAACUAAUUGGACCCGAACUUGCUUUGCUUUUGGGACAAAAUAUCAGGGAAAUUUAGGAUAUUGGGUUUAUCGGAAAAUGUCACAGCAGUGGACAGACGUAUCACCAGGAAAACCUUACACUUGGGGUAAUGGUAGGGAAUAUUGUGGCGUGACACCAUGGAUGAGCGAAAAGGAGAAAAAGAGGCCGGCACUGGAUGCUGUGUAUGGUGCGGGCGUAGGGCAAACCUUGUGGAAUAAUGGGUCAGCCAGAGCACUUCCUAACAACACCUUCCUUAUCUGUGGUGAUCGUGCCUGGCAAGGGAUCCCAAAAAAUGUUAUAGGGGGUCCUUGCUAUCUGGGGAAACUCACUCUAUUCGCACCACAUAAAAGAGAUUGGUUGAACAUGAUACAAGCUGCUUCUCCAGGAGGGGGAUCACGCCAAAAACGAGCUACAAAGUGGCACAAUCUGAAAGCAGACUGCAAUGACAAUGUACAGUUAUGGUCAAUAACUGCAAAUGUUUUUGUUACUGCAUUUAUUCCGCAUCUUGCUGUAGCACAAGCAGUGAAGCAGUUAGAACGACUGACAUGCUGGUCAGUCAAAGAAGCAAAUGCUACUACUCAGGUUUUAGAGCAAUUACUACUAGAUCAGAACAGCUUAAGGCAUGCACUACUGCAGAACAGAGCAGCAAUAGAUUUCUUGUUAUUAGCACAAGGCCAUGGUUGUAGCGAUUUUGAGGGAAUGUGUUGCUUUAACCUCUCGGACCAUGGGGAGUCUAUCCAUAAACAGCUUGCUUGGCUGAAAAAUCAUACUAACCGCAUUAUUGUUAAUGAAAAUCCCUUUGACCAGUGGCUAAGAUCAACCUUUGGAGGUUUGUCUCCCUGGAUACUACAGCUUAUCAAGGAGGGCCUCCGCCUGCUGGGAAUAGUACUGCUUACGCUUAUAUUACUACGCAUAGGGUAUGGAUGCAUUCUGAGGGGUGUGGAUCGAGUUACUGGGGGUACAGCCCUGCUUGCCCAAAAAGAGAAGAGGGGAAUUGUUGCAGAAUGGCUAAAGGAAAAUGGACAUGACUUAGAGGUGGGCAAGCAGGAUGAGUAUAUGGAACUAAAUUAAGGCUGUGCUAGGCCACACUGAAACAAAGGCCACAUUGAAGAAACAAAGACAUAUUGAAUAAACAAAGGCAGCAUUUAAUAUAGCUAGCUAGGGAGGCGCUGUCCUUGAUGAGUCGGCGGACAACUCAAGCAGAGCAGGAUACAGCUAACUCUGAAUAAGAUAAGAAGUAGUUUGCUGCUUUCAGCUGCACGUAGCAAGUAGGUGCACCAUGCAAAUGGGGUAUUUAGAGAUUCAGCCAUUUAGCUCUUUACAUGUAUGCAUAUAUUAUCUGUAACACAUAUAAGCACGCGGCUACUAAAUAAAGUUGUCACUCGCUUUUGAUCCACA